GGUGCCCUUUCUUGGUGACAGUUCCUGGACAUGGAUUCAGUUGUUUCUCUUCUCAUUUUCCUCUCUAGUGCAGAAGGCAGAAUGGCGAGCGUGUUGUCGCGGCGCCUUGGCAAGCGAUCCCUCCUGGGAGCCCGAGUGUCUGUCCCCAGUGCCUCUGGAGAUGGCUUAGCAGCGGCAGUCCAGCCCUCAGGUUCCCAUGCUGAGCUGGUUGGGGUGGUUGCCCCCCAACCCUUCCCUGUCUACAAGGACAACCACUGCCAGGAACAUCCUAAGGAGAUCCUCAUGGCGCCUGGUGUCCCAGGUCUACAGCAGGCGGUGUUUCAGGCAGGGCAGAAGGUCUGUGUGUGGUAUGGGGGCCAGGAGUGUAUGGGAGUGGUGGAGCAGUACAGCUGGGCAGAAGAUAAGGUGACGGUUCUGCUGCUGGACCAGAAAUUGCAGAUCUGCUGCAAAUCAGAGGAAGUUUGGCUGCCGGAGCUGAAGGGUUCUGUGCCUCAACUGCCACCAACCAUGGAACAGGCAGCUCCUGCUACAGCGUACAGAUCCGUCUCCAGGAAUAUUGAUGUCCCGAAGAGGAAGUCAGAUGCAGUGGAGAUGGAUGAGAUGAUGGCGGCCAUGGUCUUGACCACAUUGUCUUGCAGUCCAGUAGUGCAAAGUCCUCCUGGCGUUGAGUGCAAUUUACCUGCAUCUCGGACAGCUUGUGACCUGUGGAAGGAGAGUGGAGAUGUGUCGGACAGUGGCAGCAGCACCACCAGUGGGCACUGGAGUGGAGGCAGUGGGAUCUCCACUCCAUCUCCUCCCCACCCUCAAGCAAGCCCCAAAUAUUCAGGCGAGGCCUUUGGCUCACCAAAAGCUGACAAUGGUUUUGAGACAGACCCUGAUCCUUUCCUGAUGGAUGAACCAGCCCCACGAAAGAGAAAGAAUUCAGUGAAGGUGAUGUACAAGUGUCUGUGGCCAAACUGUGGCAAAGUCCUGCGCUCCAUUGUGGGUAUCAAGAGACAUGUCAAGACCCUCCACCUAGGGGAUAGUGUGGACUCUGACCAGUGGAAACGGGAAGAGGAUUUCUACUACACAGAGGUGCAGAUGAAGGAGGAAGCUGCUGCUCUGGCCAUUGCUACUCCCACGACUGAGACAGUUCCCAUCCAGAGUCUGACCAACCCACCCCUUGCCAUCCUGCCACCACCCCUGCCCCAGGCAGAGUCGUUAGUCCUGGAACACCCUGUCUUGGAACCUUACUUGCCCACUGGUGCUCUCAGCAAGUCGGCCCCUGGCUCCUUUUGGCACAUUCAGGCUGACCAUGCAUACCAGGCACUGCCAUCAAUCCAGAUCCCAGUAUCUCCACACAUAUAUACCAGCAUUAGCUGGGCUGCUGCCACUUCUACUAUCCCAUCCCUUUCUCCGGUCCGGAGCCGGUCACUAAGCUUCAGUGAACCCCAGCAGCCACCACCUACGUUGAAAUCCCACCUGAUUGUCACAUCACCACCCCGAUCACAGAGCAGCACCAGGAAAGCCCGUGGAGAAGCCAAGAAGUGCCGUAAGGUAUAUGGCAUUGAGCAUCGGGACCAGUGGUGCACAGCCUGUCGGUGGAAAAAGGCCUGUCAGCGAUUCCUGGAUUGAACUUGUUGAACCUGCUCAACUUCUUACUUCACUGGUCCCAGAGCCCACCCCCCAGGUCCUGACCUGGUAGCCCAGAGGAGGAAGUGAUGCAGCAGUGUCUCCUGAGCCUCCAGCAGUGACCUAACGAUUCAGGUUCAGAUUUUGAGUGUGGGAUGUAUUGGUCAAGGUUUAACUGGGUUUUUUUUCUUUCAUUCUUUUUUUUUUUUGUAGGGAUGCUUUAUUUUGAUUUUGGAAAUACAAAGGAAAUGAGAGAAUUUUUCCUUCUUAUUGGUCACAGAAAACAGGAGAAAGCCAGAGCCAAUGAUUUGUGUGCUCUGUAGUGACCCAGAGACCAAAGAAUUAUUUUCUUUUUUCCUUCUAUUAUUUUUCCCCCAUCUGGGGCAAGUUCUUUUGAUGCUCUUGGAAGGAGCAGCUCUCUAGGUAUUGCUGCUGAGUUGGCAAAUUCUCUCAGAAUUCUUCCCAGAGGGACUGCUUGGUGCCCAGGAGAGGCAGAAGGAAUUGUUUAAGAAGUGACUCCACUGGCCACAUGAGGACAGGAGGUACUGAUGCUGAUAGAGAUGGAAAGUCAAGAGAAAAGGGUGCUUGGGUAUUUGACCAAGUGCAUUCUUUGAUCCAUCCGACUUCAGGAGAAGGAAAGAUUGAUCCUUUUUCAUCAAGCAGCAUCCAUGGAAGUGAAAGGACAUUGUAUCUUUUAGUAAUACAUUUGUUCAACCUAUUUUAAUCUGGGUUCUUCUAGAUAUUGGCUUUUACCCCCAGCCCAUCUCAUUUGGUUCUUGAAAGCCCAGCCUAAUGGAUUUUUAAGAGUCUCUAAACCAAGCUACACCAGAGGAUAAAGUGACCUCCCACAUUUCAAAGGGUGAAUCAACGUAGCUUUGAGCAUUUUAAGAGUUUUUUUUCCAUUUCAGUGAGGAAAUGCUGGAGGUUGUUACAGCCUCCCCAGAAACCUCUGCUGCCACCCAUAGUGAAAUCCUUUCAUCCUUUACCCCUCUCAUCAUAGAAAUAUGUCGCAUUAAAAACAACAACAAAAAAACCUCUUUGGGGUUUUUUUCUUGUGUUUUAUCUUUCUAACCUCUUUUUCCCUUAUUGGUCCUUAAGAGAUCAUAGUAGGUUCUUCAACCUCUCCCAUUCUCAUUGUGGACAGUCUUUCCCCUCCCAGCCCUCCCCCAGCUGCUGGAGGUGUGACUGGUUCUGGGAGGGUGGGGUUUGGGGGAGAUUAGGUGAAGGGAAUAAAUGAUGAUAGGUGGCAACCUGGGAAUGGAGAAGGAAGUUGAGGGGCCCCAAAUUCUACUCUUGUCUAAUUUGCCUCUCUGAGAAAGGAUAGUUCUGAUGUCCAGUGUGAGCAUCCCAUGAACUCCCAAGCUUAGACAGUGAAGUUCUAGAUUUGUUAUCUGUGCUUUGUCAAGGCCAUUUGGAGGCAUGGGGCCAGUCAUGGCGUACCACCCUUGAAAAUUACAAAGUCCCAGUUUCUAAAGCUGAUGGCAAAGUAGGGUGGGAUGUGGGGUAAAGGGAAUUCUAAGAGAUGUGGGAUGAAAGUUGCAAGACUCAUGUGAAGGCCAUGUGGGAUGGACCUAGGGACCACUGGAAUAUAAGUUCUGUAAAGGUCUUUGGGGACCAAAACGCUUAGCUGCAGUACCUUGCUUCUAGAGGUAGAUGAGCAGAAAUGGUGUAUUUGUAUCUAAGAUUAGGCGUCAGGAACUUGGGUCACUCGGAGAGUCAUCUGAUAAUGACUUGGCAGAGACAUGGCCUGAGGGGGGCUAAAGAAAUAAGGCACAAUUCUUGUGUUCCUCUCAGUUCCUACCUUCCUUCUACUUUAUGGCAGCCUAUUUGACAAAGCCCAGAUGACAGACAUGCAGUGUUCUCUGGAGCCCAUCUGAACAGGCCACUCAGUACCUAGUUGCCUUAGGAGGAAACCUGGAUGUACAUUAUAGAAGGCUGAAACUCAGGGAACCACACCGAGCCACCUCAGCUGGGACCUUGUCAGAGCAGUGCCUGCCCCUGGGUUCUAGACUGAGUUCUCACAUCCCUACAAACACCCAGCCACCAAAGUUCAUACUAACUUAAGUGAGCUAUCUGAAGGUGGGAGUUUUGGUUAAAUUUUCUCCUAACAAAACAAAACUACGAAUGUAGCCAUAGCAUGAUAGAUACCAUGACUCAUCCAAGCAAGCUGGACCGGGGUGAUAAGGAGGGAGAGAGGAAAUAAGAGAAAACUGCCUUACAGCAGUGCAGUAUAUUUUUGUAACUUUAUAAAAUGCUUCCAAGUUGGAAUUCUUGUUCCUGGUCAAGCUAGAAACUAGGCCAGAGGAAAAAAAAAAGGCCGCUUUCUUCCUCCCAUGUGUCUGUCCUGGGUCAGAACUGAAUUUGAGUCCAGGAUAAAACUUUACCUAACUUCCUUGCUUCUGUUUCCUCUGUGUAUGAGAAGAAAGUCGUCCUUGCUUGUACCCUGAUCAUCUGUCAAAUCCCCCUGAGGCAGAAGGACCAUUCUGAGAAGUGAGAAGAGGUGGACCAACCUUCUCUUCUUCUGAGGGCAAAAUGGUCACUAGGCCUCUCCUCCAAGAUAUCUUUGGUUUCAAAAAAAAAAAAAGUUGCUUCUCAGGGUCUGGAGAGUUAUAGACUAGUUAGGUGUGAACAUUUUCCCUUGGUGAGUUACCCUUCCAGUGAUGUUGGUGCAGCACAACAAAUGGGAGGCAAGAGAAGACACUCGUGGAACCCAAAGGAUAAAAAUCCAAAUAAUUUUCAGUUCAGCUCCUUCUUAUGCUUCCUUUACUUCUUAUUCCACUUUGGUGGUGGUGUGUCUCCCGCCCUUUCGUCCGUCACAGCUCCAUUCUCUUGCUGUUGGGUUGGUUCUCAAUGUUUGGUUUGUCCUUGAGAUAAAAAAAAAA